AUGAGUGUUAGACCGCCGUCACCGCGUUCGCUGAGGGCGAGAAGUCGUUGUGCCGUUGCAUCGCGGGCCAACUCCGGCACCGGAACAAGGACGACGACGGUCGUUGUCGGUGACGACGAGGACGAACUGAUGACGAUCAACGAGGGCCGGAACGUGGGUGGAGGAAGUGGAAGUGGUGCUGGUGGUAUUGGUGGUGGUGGUGGUGGUACAGGAGGUGUCCAUGGGCCAUCACUGGAUGGUGGAGGGCUCGUUUCACACGUUCACCAACCAUCAGACUCGUCAUCGUCAUCGUCCUCGUCGUCCAGCUCGUCGGAGAGUGGUGGUGAUGGGGGUGGUUUGAUGCGGGGUGCUGAGGACGAUCGGUCCCCAACGGAUGGAGGCGAUGGUUCGAUGGAAGCCGGAGCGCUGUACAGCGAAGAGUACCCGCAGGCACCGUACAAACCUGGCCACGAGCGACCACUCGUGAACGGUUGCGAGGAUCUGUGGGUCUGGAAUAAGCGUGACCGAUCGAAGGAGGCGUGGCUCAGUCGAUCCGACAACCGGCGGGUGUAUUUUCACCCAAACUGGAGCAAGGGUACGGCCGGGAUCCGAGGAACGCGCGUGCUAAACAACGGCCGCUACUACUGGGAAAUCAGUCUAUCGCAUCGCGUCUUCGGCACAAGCAUGAUGUUUGGUAUUGGCACGAAAAAAGCCCGGCUGCACGUCAACAUGUUCACGAACCUGCUCGGGGAGGACCGAAAUGGGUGGGGCCUUUCGCACAAGGGGCUCCUGUGGCAUGCCGGCGUCGCCCGGAACUACACCAAGCGCUUCAAGGAGAACCAACCGGCCAAGAUUGGGCUGCUGUUUGAUGGCAUCGCGGGCACACUGACGUACUACAAGGACGACGUUUGUCUGGGUGUUGCUUUCCGCGGGUUAAACGAGGUACGAGAACCACUCUACCCGAUCGUUUGUUCGACGGCGGCCAAAACGGAAAUGAUGCUGUCGGAGACGCGGCGUGACUUUGUCAACCUGCAGGACCGGUGCCGGGCCAUCAUCAUCAAGCACGUGAACACACGGGAAAAGCUCGAUCGGCUCGCGUUGCCGUACUUCAUUAAAAACUACCUUGCGGAAGCCGUUACCGAGGGCAGCGCCGUCAUAAAGGUGCGCAAGUUGCAAGUGAUCGAUCAGUACCUUUUCUAA